AAUCAUGUCAUUCAAAAUAACGUACGAGUAGAUCAUUGUUAGUUUCUGAAGACCGAGCUAUGAAAAAGAUGAAGGUACGCAUCGUGCAGUAUUGUCCUGUUGCCUCUUGGCACUGGGACAUUGAUGAAGACAUUUGCUCCAUCUGCCAUAACAGUUUUGACGCAUGCUGCCCCGAUUGCAAGACGCCUGGAGACGACUGUCCUCCCGUUGCUGGAGAAUGCUCUCACCACUUCCACAUCCAUUGCAUUCUCAAAUGGUUGCAAGAACAGCAGCAGCAAAAGUGUCCAAUGUGCCGAAGGGACUGGCGCUUCAAGAGCCAGUAGAUUCAUUGGGGACCACUUGGUAUUGUUGUUGUGGUGGACGAGUCAUAAUAAGACGCUAGGGGUAGGGUCAGCACGAUGCUGGACGUGGGGUGGUCUCAACAUCAUGUCCUUGUCAAUGAGCGAGUAGGACAAAGAAAGUGUCCUUAAGCCACGGCCAUCUGGUAGGGUACUUUUGCUGCCGCGUCGUCGCCAUGCGGGAGGUGAAGCAUCAGGCUAGGAAACGUUUCCUCAGGGCCGCCGGGAGGACAUGUUUGGCGUUCAUGUUCUUUGCAGAUCGACUGUUGCUGUUGCUCAUUCCCUACAGAAUCUUCGUCCGCGCUGCUGGGAAACCGGUAGAAAACGUAGAAGUUGAAUUUGAUGAUGCUGUCAAGGUGCACGAUGCCGAUGGGCGAUCCGUAUUGCCCAGUGAACUCGCUCCACUUGGCCCUUUGCUCAGAGGAGUGCGCAGGCAGGAUACCUGGAGUCAUUUUCGCGUGUUGUUUUCAGGUGACCUCGCAGAUCAUCCGGCGGAUGUCGAGGACUCCUUGGAUAACGGACAUUCCUCAUGGCAGAAUAAAUUCACUCACGCACGCUUAUGCCCAUCAGACUCGCCCAUUGCGUUUCGUAUGCGAGAACACGCGUUGCGGCUACUAAGCGAUUACCGUUACCACAUCGACAAGUAUGAACGGGUCGUGUCACUGCAAAGCGACUCUACUUUACAACAGAGCGACUGUGUACUUACUACGAUUUUUUCCAACGUUUUGAAACAUAAAUACAACCAUGCAUAAGUUAGAAAUCCGCCGUGUAGUUACUCGUUUCUUGUCCCCAAAUAAGAAGUCAUUUGUUAAAAGAAGUCGGCUAGUCGGUGUCGGCAUUCCAUUUCAAAUUUGGUACCGACGCUUUCGUGGCCCCGGGGUACUGUCGGAGGGAUACCAGG